CCGGCUCCGGCAUCGCCCAUGACUCUUUGCCCCUCCAUGACCUCCCGCGAUUUUUUAAAAAAGAAGACCAGUUGGAUUUAACUCCUUUCUUAACCAUUUCUAUCACGGGCAUCCCAAGCUAAUCAAUUGAAUCCACAAACUGCCCAUAAUGUCGCCCUUCAACUUGGAAACCUGCGCACGACCAAAUAUCCUCGCGCUACAGCCGUACCGCUGCGCCAGAGAUGACUACAAAGACGACGGCAAAAAUGUCCUGCUUGACGCCAACGAAAACGCAUACGGCCCUUCGCUCCCUGCUGACCUCCCUACCGAUGACUUCCUCGGUCUCAACCGCUACCCCGACCCUCACCAAGAACCUCUAAAGCAGCUGCUCUGCAACCUGCGUACCACCCACGCUCACACACAAAAGACCCUGACACCUGAGAACCUCUUUGUAGGUGUCGGCUCAGACGAGGCCAUUGAUGCCCUUCUGCGAUGCUUCUGCAUUCCUGGCAAAGAUAGCAUUCUGACCUGCCCGCCUACAUACGGCAUGUACUCUGUGUCAGCCCAAGUAAACGAUGUCGCCAUUGUCAAGGUGCCUCUGCUGCCCGCCCCCGACUUUGCUCUCGAUGUCGAAGCUAUCAACGCCACGCUCUCUGGACCCGAGAGUGCCAAUAUUAAGUUGGCGUACUUCUGCUCGCCUGGCAACCCAACCGGCUCGCUCUUGGCCAAAUCAGAUAUUGAAAAGGUGCUCGCUCACCCUACCUGGAAUGGCGUUGUUGUCGUCGACGAAGCAUACAUCGAUUUUGCCCCUUCACCAAACGACUCGCUUGCUGAGCUUGUCACUGAGUACCCUAACCUCGUGGUUAUGCAGACAUUAUCAAAGGCCUUUGGUAUGGCAGGAAUCCGUCUGGGCGCUGCCUUCACAGCAGCCCCAAUUGCCCGUCUCUUGAACAAUCUCAAAGCCCCAUACAACAUCUCCAGCCCUACCAGCGCACUUGCUUCUACUGCUGUUGGCGAAAAGGGACUCGCAGUUAUGCACGCAAACCGCGACUUGAUCCAGGCGCAGCGAGACCGCCUCAUUGCUGAGCUGCCCAAGAUUGAGGGAGUUGGCCGCCUUCGUGGUGGUAAGGAAAGCAACUUUUUGCUAUUUGAGAUGUUAAAUGCCCAAGGCGAACCCGAUAACACUACAGCCCUCGCUGUGUACGGGGGACUCGCUGAGAACAAGGGAGUAGUUGUUCGCUUCCGUGGAAAGGAGCAUGGAUGUCUUGGAUGCCUUCGAAUCACUGUUGGCACUGAAGCUGAGGUAACUCGCUUCUUGGAGUCCAUCAAGAGCAUGCUUGCAACAGUAAGAGCUGCUUAAUACGCACAUAAAAUACGCACAUAGAUAUAAAACCUUCAAUAAUAAGUAAAGAGAUACCAUACGUAUAAUAUGUAUUGAGUCUUGUUGUAGAAGCAGGCAUUUUGGACAUGGUAUGUCCUACGCGUGCGAAUUGAUACAGCUAUUUACAUAGAGAAAAGAUAUUCCAAAUCUAACGUCUUUUCAAGAAAGAAAAUAAAAACCAAAAAAAAGGAAAUUCGUUAACUUCAUGGAGCGUAAGAACAUCAUCAGGUGUGCCGAGAUCGCUUCCGGCCCCUGUAUUUCUUUACUUUUAUCACGUAUUUCAUAACGGGAGUGUGCUUAUACGACGGUUAAGCCAAGCUCCAGAUUGCAAUGAUAGUUCCGAAGCUGACGGUGGUCAGCGUCCAGAUGUUGGUAGUCAGAGCAAUACCGGCCGCGGCCUCGGGGGGGCGCGAGGGUGCCGACGAGGCUGGAGGAGGAGGCGCCUCUGUAUAAGUGGUUAGAUUAGGUCGCGUAUACGCUGUGGAAACAGAGCAGGGCGAAACAGAGAUGGGUGCAGUGGUGGAAUUGAUACGAAGUGAAGUGGCAAAACAAAGGGUAGUGGGUGAUGGUGAUAGUGAACUCGUGUCGGGAACGGUGGACUCGGAUGGGCAGUCGGAAGAAGUGUCGUCGGAAGUGGUGGCGGGGGCACUGGUUUUGAUGGUGUUGGAAGGGGCAGAUUCGGAGGGUUCAUUUGGACAGGGUGUGUCUGUUGUGCUUGUGCUGGGGUCUGUUGGCGUUGGUAACGUACUGGUUUCGUCAUUACUGUUGGUUGUAGUAGAGCUUAGUAGUAGUUCAGAAGAAGUGGUGGUGGCGAAUGUGCUAGAAGAGGGUGUGGAAGAAGUGGUCGGCGGGAUAUCAACUGACGAUGAUUCUGAUGUCGAAGAAGAAGUGCUUGGCUCGGCAGAGGUCGUGGUUGAUUCCGUGCUGGAUGUCGUCGAGGGGGGUGCCUCUGUCGUUGACGGAGGGGGAGGUGGUGGAGUGGACGUUGUGGAUGGCGGAGGAGGCGCGGCAGACGAAGUGACGGGGUCCGGGCGGUUGGGGUCCAUUGCUUUGAAGGUGGCAUCGCUGUUACGUUUGAUAUCGCUAGCCUUGAAUGGUUUGUCAUUUUCGUCCGCGAGAAGACCCUGGAUAGUGGCCAGAGCGCACAUCUGAGGACCGAGACCAGUCUUGCCUUCAAACUUUUCCGUAUACCAUCGCUCACCACAAGCUGUUCCGGUUGAGCCACCGGUGCAGGACUGAGAGGCUGCCUUUGUAGUAGGAAGCAUGUACUGCUCAACCUUGUCGCGAAGGUUGGGUAGUAGAAUAGCCGUCUUCCACAUGAACUGGGAAAAGAAGCCCUUGAAAGUAGUCAUAUCGGCAUUGGCUAACCAGCACCUGUCCACGGCUUCGCAACUGGCCUCGUACAAGACGCCCUUCUGACCACCAGAGUCCUGAUUCCAAAAGAACCACGAUGCACCGUCCAGAAGCUUCUCUGUUCGAUCAGCCCAUUCAGACUUGCCGGUAUGCUCAGCCAAGAUUGCAGCACCGUACAUGAUGAUGCCAUGGGUAUACGUAUACGACUGUGGGUUAGUCUUUGUGCAAUCACUGUCGAUACCCGCGCCAUCAUAGAUAUGGUAGUUUCUGUUGUCAAUCCAAUUGAGCUUCCACAUCCAAUCCCAGACUUCUUGUGCCGUCUGAAGAUACUUAUCAUCACCCGUAGCUCUCGCCAGACGGGCGGCGAGCUGAAAGUAUCCUCCGUUGCUAAUGCUGUUCUUGUAUGUCAAGCCGUUGGGGUUGUCGGCCCGGAUCUGCCAGAAGAUGCCACCACCGCAGUGCUUGGUAUCCCAACGACUCUGCAGUUGGUCGAAGACGUUCUUGGCCAUGUCUAGCCAGGAAGGUAGGUUGCCUUGUGGCUGAGGAAAGUUGUGUUCGGCAGCAGACAGGACAGCUGAGCCCCAGAAGAACAAGUCAUCGUUGCCUUCUUCAAGAGCGUGCUCAGGGGGCAUGUAAUUGUUCUCGGGGCCCAGAUUGACCUUGGCUAGAAGAGCUUGUAGCAAAGCAUCGUUGUAGCUGGGAUCUUUGGUGUAUCUGUAGUAAUCAAGCAUGACACCCCAAAGACCACCUGCUACCCACCAGUAGUAGGGUUUUUGAACAUUGCCGACAU